UAGCAGCUAGUUAGCUAGCUAGCAUAUCAACACGAUAUAUUAGACCAGUUUGUAAUAAAAUUUAAAUUAAUUUAAAAAAUGAAGACCCCGCCGGUGAAACGCACUUAUUCCAAACUGCCCGUGUGGAUUGUAGAAGAUCAUCACGAUGUCGUGCCUCACAUCUAUCGCGCCAUCGGUUCUCGGCACAUCCCCAUCAAAGAUGUGAAGAUGGUUCAUUUGGACUCGCACCCAGAUCUGCUCAUACCAGUCAGCAUGUUGGCACAGACUGUGUUUGAUAAAGAGUCUCUCUUUAGUGAGCUGAGCAUUGAGAACUGGAUCAUGCCGAUGGUGUACGCCGGACACGUCUCCUACGUCGCCUGGCUUCAUCCGUACUGGGCUCAGCAGAUCAGGGAGGGCGAGCACGAAAUGUGUGUGGGGAGGGACACGAACACGGGCACCAUCAGGGUCACAAGCAGGGACGAUUACUUUCUCAGCGACGCUCUUUACGUUCCCGCAAAUCAGCUGGAGGACGCCAAGCCCUUACACCUAAGCGUCAUUCGGGUGGAUCCAGCAGACCCUUCUCAGAGUUUCCAGACCGAGAACGAGUCCAGCACUGCUAAGAAACCCAAAUCAUCUCUGGAGUCGAAGCUGGACCGUCAGCAAAGCAGCAACGAGUCCUGCAGUUACGUGUCUCAGCCAGCAGGUGGAAGCAGCGCAUCAGAUACGAGUAGUGCAGUAAACAGUGCGCAAUCCCACAGCCAGCCAGCAGGGGGCGCGAAGGUUCCAGCUGUAGAGACGUUACUGAGUGUGCUGCAGCAGGGCGAUCCCUACAUCCUCGAUAUCGAUCUGGAUUUCUUCUCCUGUAAGAAUCCGUUUAAGGAAAUGUACACACAGGAAGAGUACUCCAUCCUGCAGGAGCUGUACAGCUUCGAGAGGCCUCGCGAGGACGCGGACGAGGAGGAGCUGUGUGAGUGUGUGGAGAGACGUACACGCCAGCUGGAGGACCUGGAGGCGGCGUUUGCUGAUCUGCUGGAGGACGAUGCACAGAGCAACGUGGAGCGCUGGGCAGCUAAGCCUGGGAUGAAAUCAUUUGCCAGACUGGUGAGCAGCCUGAAGAGUCGAAAUGAAUCACCGGAUUACGAAAUGGUGCACCAGACCGGACUGACCUGUGAUUACUCAGAACUUCCUCACCAUGUCAGCAGUCAGGUGGAGAUCCAGCAGCUUCUGGAGGCUGUUCGGCACGUACUGCAAGCUCUGCCCAAACCCACCAUCGUCACCGUGUCCAGGUCCAGUCUGGAUGAAUAUUGUCCCCCUGAGCAGGUGAAUCUGAUCCAGAGCAGCAUGUUGAAUAUUUUAGAGACUCUGUUCGGUUCUUUAGAUGUUCAUGAGGAGAGUGAAGCAGCUUCUGGGGGAAGUUCAUCCGUCUGCUCAUGACUCCUGUGUGUGUGUGUGUGUGUGUGUGUUGAAGCCAGUGAUGUAGAUGUUUUGAAGUUGCUUGGAAAUCCACAGAUUGGAAUGUUUUUGUAUCAGACUGAUGUAAACACUAAGGCCGGUGGUAGCUCAGCGGUUACGAUACUGGACGAGUAAUUAUAAGGUUGUUUGUUGGGCCCCUGAUUUGCUUGAAUUCUGUUCACAUCUGUAAAUUGUUUUGUAAAUGUUAAAUGUAAUAAAAUGUUAUUUUUCUUC